AUGCCCAACCACUACUGGAGGUCAGCCAUUGACGCACAUCUGCUGGCGAUUGGCGCCAAACCUCCCGAGAAGAAUGCGCUGGUGGAAAACCUUCUGACCGUGGACGACUUUGCCGCCGACACAGCCGUGCCUUGCCAGAUCUUGUCCGUAGCACAGUGCACGCAGCUAGCUUUUGUUGGCCGGAUGCCCUGCGCCCGAAAGGAUGGCAGCCUCUGGGACUUCCUGGGUGAACCGGGAGUGGAGGAGCAAGCUGCAGGAGCUGCCGGGGCUGUUGAGUCGAUGUAUCUUUGA